UUGUUUUUGUUUUUUUUUGGAAAGAGAAAACUGAUCCAGGGUCAGGAGGACAGGAACAAUGAGCGCUGAAGUCCACUGGCCUGAGAGCGCUUCAGUCUAUGUUUAGUGAGGGAGCCAUGUGACUGGUGUCAUCAGCAUGCCAGACAUGGCUGGGCCGUGUCCGUGUUUGCUCACUGCCUCCUCCCUCGUCUUUCCACUCUCCCUCUCAUAAUCACUCGUUCUCUGGACGCCGUGUCCGAUCUUGAAGGAGUGUAAAAUGUGAGUUUGGGCGAGUGAACCGAGUGCCCGUGGCUGCAGCACCAUGAAUGUGUGUAACAGCACUGAUCUUCCUGAGGUGGAAAUCAUCAGUUUGCUUGAGGAGCAGUUGCCUCAUUAUAAGCUGAGAGCUGACACGAUAUACGGCUAUGACCACGACGACUGGCUCCACACUCCUCUCAUCUCACCCGAUUUCAACCUCGACCUGACCACAGAACAGAUCGAGGAGACCCUCAAAUAUUUCCUUCUAUGUGCUGAUCGAGUGGGCCAGAUGACUAAGACAUAUAAUGACAUAGAUGCUGUUACACGUCUCCUGGAGGAGAAAGAGCGUGAUUUGGAGUUGGCGGCACGUAUUGGCCAGUCUCUGUUGAAAAAGAACAAAACCCUCAGUGAGAGGAAUGCCUUCCUGGAGGAGCAGGUGGAUCACAUACGAGAAGAGGUGUCUCAGCUGCGUCAUGAUCUCUCAAUGAAGGAUGAACUCCUGCAAUUCUACACAAGUGUUGCUGAGGAGAGUGAUGGAGAGUCUGCUUCUACCACACCUAUUCGCAGAAAUGACUCGUCUUUCACGCUCCCAGAUUACCUCCCUCUGGAUUCACUGCAGAGGAAACUCAAGGACCUGGAGGAAGAGAACCUCAGCCUGCGAUCAGAGGCAAAUCACUUGGAGACAGAGACCAUCUCGUAUGAAGAAAAAGAACAACAGCUUGUAAAUGAUUGCGUUAAAGAGCUCAGAGAUGCUAACAUACAGCUAUCCAGUAUUUCGGAAGAGCUGGCUAAGAAAACAGAGGAUGCCUCUCGCCAGCAAGAGGAAAUCACACACCUCCUCUCUCAGAUCGUGGACCUGCAGAAAAAGGCCAAAUCGUAUGCAGUAGAAAAUGAAGAGCUCACACAGCAUCUGGGAGCUGCUAAAGACGCCCAAAGAGCACUAACAGCAGAGUUGAGAGAGCUGGAGGAUAAGUAUGCAGAGUGUAUGGAGAUGCUUCAUGAAGCUCAGGAGGAACUGAAGAACUUUAGAAAUAAAACGCUGCCUCUCAGUACACCGCGGCGAUUCCACUCACUCGGCCUGUUCCCCAUGGACUCUUUAGCUGCUGAAAUUGAAGGCACCAUGAGGAAAGAGAUUGAGAUGUCUGAUCCAGACGUAGAGGAACAAAGGUUGCACCCUAAACGUGUCUUCGAGACGGUGCGUAACAUCAACCAGACGGUUCGGCAACGCUCCAUGGGCCCGUCCCCUAUGAACAUCCCAGGGUCCAAUCAGACGUCCUCUAUGAACUCCAGGCGUUCUAGUUGUCUGAGCACGCCCCGAUCGAGCAUGUACGGAGGGGACGGGGUUGAAAUGGACAACCGCACUAACAGUAUGCUUCUGGAAACCCAUUCACCUCAAGAUGGCUCUAACGACUCCAACAGAAAGCCUGGGACGCCUGGCACACCCGGCUCCCAGGACCUGCAGGCAGCACUGCGUCGCCUUUCCCUUCGACGGGACAACUACCUGAGCGAGCGGCGUUUCUUCGAGGAGGAGCGAGAGCGUAAACUGAACGCCCUGGCAGUAGAGAAAAGCGAAUUGUAUGAGAACAGAGAUGUUGGAAGUGGCAGUGAAGACGGCGGUCCUCUUACUCCGGCAGAAAGCAUCAUGUCUCUGGGCACCCUGCACUCGGUUUACUCCAUCUACAGCUCCCGAUCAUACCUGCCCGAGAAACUCCAGAUCGUCAAGCCUCUGGAAGGUUCGGCCACUCUGCACGCAUGGCAGCAGCUCGCGCAGCCACACCUGGGCGGCAUCCUGGACACGCGGCCCGGCGUCGUGACCAAGGGCUUCCGGACCCUGGAGCUGGACCUGGAGGAGGUGUACCAAUUCACCGACCUGGAGGAAGACGAGUCAGGACAGCAUUCCCAAUCUGCCGUCACUACCUCUUGCCUGGGCUCUAUGCCUUGCUCGCCUGCUUUGCGACGACCUCGUGCCAACAAUCCUGACAACCAGGAAGAGCAGCUCAGAGAAAAUGGAGGGACCCCUGGAGUGGGGCUAGACCGAAUGGAGGCUGGAGAGGAAGAGGUCUCAUCUGUGCAUUUUCCUGGUAAAUGUAUGUCUCACACCAGCUCCACGUACACCUUCACCACCUGCAGGAUUCUGCACCCUACAGAUGAACUCACCAGAGUCACACCCAGUCUUGUGUCUGGUCCAUCACUGACGACCUGCGUGAUGUCCAGCAGCGGUCUGCGCUCAACCCCUGUGUCCACCCCCUGCACGCCUCGUCGCCUCAGCCUGGCGGAGAGUUUCACCAACCUCCGCGACUCAACCAAGACCACCAGUACCUCUUUGGGACUCGUGCGCCUCCUACAAGAGAGAGGUAUAUCUGCUGCUGUCUAUAACCCUCUCAGCUGGGACCGGGCAGAUCGAGCCCCUCCACCAGACCCUUACUCAUCACACACUGCCCACCCCUUACACACCUGUCCAGACACUCUCCCUUCCACCCCUCCAAACUCUCCCAGCAAGUCCAAACCCACCAGACCUGUGCUCCCUGUAGACUACAGCCCCUCAGACCCCCCCUACGAAACCUUCCUGGCUUCACGGCCAGCCAGCUCGAUCCUAAAGGAAGUGCGGGAGGCGGACGAGAGGGCUCAAUCAGAUACACAGAGUCAGACUGAAGUCAGUGUGCAGAAUCUGAGACUUGUGGACAAGGUAAAGAAGUUUAGCCUGGCUCCCAGAACAUUGGCCCCAGGACCGCCAUUCGGAGCCCACGCCGGUAUGACCUCCCCUAUCGGGGGACUGCCAGUGCUGAACUCAGGGAUGAGAAGAAACCGCAGUUACCCAGCUAUGGUCGGGGCUAGUAUGGCUAUGAAGGGCGCAGGGCCUCCCAGUGAGGACCUGCUAUUGGUCCAUGGGCCACCAAGACAAACUAGCCUCAAUGAAAAGUGAAUGUUGCCUCUGUCGUCCCCUUUUGCCUUUUAUUUGUUUAAAUUUGCAUUGACACAGUAUAUCAUCCUUGCGACAACUCGAGUGCCUGUUAUUAAGAUGAUAUUUGUAUAGAUUAUUUUGUUAUAACAGUUGAUAUAACAACCUCUUUUUUGUCUACUUCUCUCCGUCUGACCUACAUAUACAGUACAAUUCAUUCAGCAUUUGUCGUUGUGUGACAAUUUGCACUUGCUGGCUGUGAGACAAUGUAGCAUACAAACAAAGCAGAUGCCCCAAAAUGAUUUCCAGAUGUGUUUUUUUUUUCUUCUUUUUUUUAAAUCUGGUCAUCCCGUGUGACAUUUCAAGAUUUGUUAGUUUUGUGAUGCUGACAAGAGCACUGAUAGCACCUUAAUGGUAACCCAGACAUUGGUGAACAAUGAAGUAUUGUCAUUUCUAAUUUAUUAUUUGGUCUGAUUUGGCACUUUUUAAAGGCCAUGACGUAUAGCUUUUUUACCAAGACCCUAUAGUGUCCCGAAAAUCUGCUUUUACCAAGUACAAAUACCUUCACGGAAGCCUUUUUCCAUCUAGUCCAGGCAAUUAAAUAACAACAGCGUAAUGUUCAUUUGUCUAAAAUGGCUUAAUGCAUAAUAUUAUAGUAAUUACAGUGUAAUAACAUUGUUCAGUAAUGCGACUCUCGGUAGAGGGCGCUGUUGGCAUGAAUUGAUGAUAAUUUGCAUAUUAGCACAAACUCUCUGCUUUAUACAUACUCAAGAGUUGACUGGCUGAAGUACUUCAGAGAGAAACCGAGACCACAGGGCUGUGAAGGGGCUGCAUAAAGAAAUUGCAGCAGGUUUAAACUUGAAACACAAUCUUGUUCAUGUUUUCAUCUUUUAAUGUCCUUUGUUGAAGACCAACAUUAUUUAUAUGUGUAUAUUUAUACGUGUGGAAUUGCAGUAUUGAAGACUUGAUGGGAAAAUUGCACAAAACAUUUCAUUGGUCAAAAAGGAUGUCAGGUUAAACCGAAGAAAAAAAAAUACUGUAGAUCUGCUGUGGUUUUGGAACCUACUGACUGAUAUGUGUCAAAUGUAAAGCAAGUGAAGUAUAUAUUGUGAGCUUUAAAGAUUUCAAGGGUGCAAUAGGAAGUCAUUCAUAGUGCCUGAUGAUAUUUUUUUUUUUUUUGACGGACUGAAUCAUAAUGGCUUCACCUGCCACUGUAUGCACUGGCAUACAUACUGUAACUCUGUGUGAUGUAUUGAUUUAACAAUUGUUUUUACCCGAGGAUGCAUACAGUUGAAAGUGCAUGAGUCGGUCUAGAGAAAAGUUAUUUUUCUUUUAGUUCAGGCUAAUCAAAUUUGUUAGGUGAAAAUGUGUGUGUAUUUGUGUGUGUGCGCAUUUAAUCAUAGCAUGACCUUUGUUGAAUGUGUUUCAGAGGUAUCUGCCAUUCUGCCAUGACUGAUCAUUGAUUUCAAUGGUGUUUAUUUCAAUAGAACGGACAUUUUACUUGUAUAUUGUAAAUGGUAAAUAUGCAAAGAAUUUAAACAUGCUAACUUUUUAUAUAUAAAAAGCAAAAAAAAAAAAAACUAUACUUGAAGGGGAAAAAAAAGAGAAAAUGGAAAAGCAAUGAUGACGUGACACUGGUGAAAAGUGGAGUUUUUGUUCAUGAAUUUUAGAAGCUCCCCUUUGCAGGAUCAAUAAACCUGUUGCGAUAA